AUGUCGCCGAAACAAAAGACACCGAAGAAGCCAAAGGCAGCGAAAGAGGCGGAAACCCAGGCGCAAAAUGCCCCAGCAUCGACUAUUCUUCUGAAUGUUGGUAGAGCAGCAGCACUCCUGCUUGUCGCAGGUUUCGCAUCACCAGUCUCACAACUGAACCUGUCUCCUAUCUAUGGAUCAAUCCCAGCAUCGCUGCACCAUCAACGGACUAUGACUAUCACAGCUGUUGCAGCACUCUUAACACGACGAGCAUUGAAGAGCUACGUGUCUGCAAAUGUGGCACAGUACAUCGCUGUAGUAGCGUACUGGACACCCGUCAUCCAGUUCCUACUAUUCCCAUACAGCGGAAAAAUUGGGGUAGAAUACGGACCUCUGCUCAUCGAGUCCCUUACCUACUUCCCCCUACUGUUUUUAUCAGUUUUCGCUGCCGCUGAUCUACUGGAAUGCAUCGAUAUUACCGGAAUCAAUCCCUCGCCAUUGAAGGAAAUCGCCAUCCCCACUGCAUCCUACUUCACCGUAUCGACGGUAGCCAAGAUCAGCAGCGCUCUCAUCCCCGGCUUCAUCGGUACAUCUGUCUACUUCACGCGCGUGGGUAUGCAGAUGCUUCUUGCUUCAGCAUCUGCCUUCUUCAGCCCAUCACGUGUCAUCCUCCUCGCGUUUCCGGCAAUCCUCCACACGCUCUGGACGAAUCCGCAUCAUCCUUCAACCCACGGUCUACAAUUGGCAAACUCCACCUUGCAGGCUACGCAGAACUACACGCUUCUCGCUCGUCAUGAGUCCGUCACUGGAUAUGUCUCUGUCAUCGAGAACCAUGCCGACAAUGCCUUCCGUCUUCUUCGAUGCGACCACUCCCUCCUUGGAGGCGAGUGGCUCGUAACACCCCAAGCCUAUGCUAAAGGUCAGCGCCAACGCGAGUCCAUCUUCGCCGUCUUUGUACUCCUCGAAGCCGUCCGCCUCAUGGAACCCCCAGUCGAUACCAUACCUAUCGUAGACGACAGCGAGAAAUCUGCAUUGGUGAUUGGUCUCGGUAUCGGCACAGCACCAAACGCCAUGAUCGCGCACGGUAUCAACACGACGAUCGUCGAACUCGACCCCGUAGUCCACUACUACGCAACGAAGUAUUUCGCGCUAGACCCCAACCACACAGCCGUCAUCGACGACGCAACCGCCUACGUAGCACAAAAGUCCGUCUCAGCACCCGGCAGCUUCGACCACAUCAUCCACGACGUCUUCACUGGCGGUGCAGAACCCGUGUACCUGUUCACCACAGAGUUCAUGCAAGGCCUCUACGACCUAUUGAAGCCAGAAGGUUUCGUCGCAAUCAACUACGCCGGAGACCUGACACUGGGCUCAACGAGACUGGUGCUGAACACCAUCCACGCCAUUUUCCCCGCUUGCCGCCUCUUCCGUGAUUCUCCGCCUCAGGCAGAACACAAGGAAGGUGAAGCUGACUUCAUCAACAUGGUCAUUUUCUGCGUCAAGAACGAUCACGGAUUGGGCAAGGCAGCUGUCAACUUCCGCGAUACGGUUCAGAAGGAUUACCUGGGUAGUAUUGCGAGGAGAAACUUCUUGCAGCCGCAGGAGAAGUUGGAAGUCAACUACGAUUUUGUGAGCAAGGAGAAUGGAGGCAGGGUCAUGGGCAAUGCGGAUGUGGGUGAGCUGGAGAAAUUCCACGAGGAUGGUGCGGUUAGCCAUUGGAAGAUCAUGAGGACGGUUUUGCCGGAGGGGGUUUGGGAGAUGUGGUGA